AUGUGGGGAGGCGGCGUGGCAUGGAGUCCUGACAUUGAUGAGUAUGUUGACCUUGCUGUUUGGUUGAUGCGGAUGUGUGGUGCCAUCAAUGCUGCAGUGGCUCAGUGCUUGCGUGUUGCAGGGUCAUGUGUGGGAGGCAUGGGGACCGCAGUUGCCUACCCGAGCAACGAUGCCGUGCUUGCGGGGCAAGGGCUUGGAGUUGCAGAGUACAUCGUCAUCGGUGCCGGUCCAGCUGGGCUCGCAGCCGCCGGCUUCAUUGCGAAGGCUGGAAGCCGCGUGGCAGUCUUUGAGGGCCGUCCUAAGCCAGAGAACGUUUUCGGCUCCUACCCAGUGGUGCUGAAUGCACGUGGCUUAUCCGCUCUGGAAUCCCUCGACCCGACACUCAUGGCCAAGGCCCAGGAGAUCGGAAUGGCAGUGAAGGAGCUACACAUCGUGCCCGACAACAAGACAGUUGCAAAGGUGCCCACAUAUGGCACUUGCAUCAUGCGGGACCAGACAGCCCACCUGCUCCUGGAAGCAGCAGAGGCCCAGGAAAACAUUUCCUUCUACUGGGAACAUAAGCUCUCGAGCAUUGACUUCCAGACUAAGACCUGCACCUUCGAGCUGCCGGAUGGCUCUCAAAAGACGUUCUCGGCCGAGCGCCUCGUCGCAGCUGAUGGAAACCGCUCAAGGGUGCGACGCUUUUGCGAGGAGCAUGUAGCUGACUUCAGCGCUGAUGCGGACCCCUGGGGCUUUCAGCUGCGCUUCAUGAACUCCAAGGGCGUGCCCGGGCAGACAGAGGUCAACCCGGAUGUUCACUUCGUGCUAGGUGAUAAGGGCUACGUCUGCCAGCAACCGAACGGGGAGUGGAGCAUCUCUUUGCGGGUCUUGCCGGACAGCGAUGAGGAGUUCAUCACCAGUGACCAGGCGACGGAUGAAAACGUGCAGAAGCUCAAGGAGUACGUCCAGACCUAUGCCAAGUUUGCGGCCGACAACUUGCUAGACGACGAGGCGUACCGAAAGUGGUACGACUGCAAAGCCUUCGACGGCGUUGUGGUGAAGUGCUCGUGUCUCAACCCUGCAGGCUGGAUUUGCAUCAUUGGCGAUGCCGCGCACGCUGUGCAGCCAGCCACUGGCGAAGGCAUCAACAGUGGCCUUGAAGAUGCUGCUGUGCUGGGGGAGAUGCUGAAGGAGCAUCCAGAAGAUCCCUUUGCAGCCUUUGACCAGAGACAGCGGCCAAACGCCCAUGCACUGCAGAAGUUGGCCCUGCAGGCAAAGGACCGGGUGACGAAACCUCCCCCUCGCACGCAGGCCGUGAAUCUCAUGGUGACGAUUGGCCUGGCGAUGGCUAAAAAGCUCCACAUCAUCGAAGGUACCAGGGAGGACUUCACCAUUGGAGAGAAGGCCGCAACUGCUGGAAUCAAGUCUUACGACGAGCUUGUGCAGAUGGAUGAGCGUCAGAGAAGCAAACUCCUACCGGUAGCAACUGCUUUGGCCAAAAUUUUCCGGAUUCCGAAGGAACACCCUGCUACCCAGACGCAAGCUUAG